UUUUAUUUAUUUCAUUUCAUCACAGGCAAGAAAUGUGUGCCCCUAAAUUUAACAUUAGAUGAACAUGUAUGAAUAUAUCUGUAUUCAGAAUGUCAGUGUAUGGUUUGUCUUACAGCUUGCAUUUUUAAUUAGAUUACAUAUAUUUACAUAGUUUUUGUAUCUUUGAUUUGUUUAUCUCAUUUUGAACUUAUUAUUAGUUUAGUUUGACACUUUUAUUUAAACACCUUGUUAUCUUUACUUCACUAAAGCCAACAUAUUAGAUGAUCACAUGUUUAUAUUAUUAAGCCGUGUGCUACACAUUUUUAUUUCCUUACAACUCUUCCAUAAAGUUCCUAAAGAAACAGUGUGGUCUCAUUAAGGCAGAGGAGCUGAUGUGAAACGUUCAGCUGUUAAAAUGAAUCAUUACUGAACAAACAGUGAGGAGCUGGUCUUAAUAUAAACAUGGAUUGUGUAAUAGAAAGUCUCUGUAACUCUGCUCCGGCAUCUCUGUAAACUUCAGCUCUUCCCAUUACCUUUAAAGGAGUGUGUACCCUGAACUAAAUAUGGACAUGCACUUUCACAGGAUUUCGAAGAAUGUCCCAGCCUUGCAGUCCACUUUGAUGAUGCGAGCCUCUCGCAGUUCGUCACUGGUACCCCUCGCUGCAGCACUGUGAGUCCAGCCUCAGGAUUGAUGCCUCUGGUGGCUUUUUGGUGAGCGGGACGCGACAGGACAGCAGGACACCAGCUUUUGGCCUAUGGGAAUACUUGACUUCUCACUGCUGGAGAGAAAUUACAUGAUAAUCUGAUUUUAAAUAAAGGGAUUUACUGUAUGGACAGUACUGACACCUCUGUAAAGCAGAUGUCUCGGAGAAAGGUGAGAGGCCUGACCCGUACGGGUCGCCAGGUCAGCGAGGACCCAGACCUGGACAACCUGCUGUCCACGCUCUCCCCGGAGGAGAUGGAGGAGCUGGAGAAGGACAUGAUGAAAGUGCCCGACCUCAACCCAGAGGAUGGGAAGAUCAUCGUCCAGGGCGAGGGCCAAGCUGCGCAGCUGCCGAGGAGCAACAAUGUCCGGGAGGCUAAACUGGACAGGCAGAGGGAGCAGUCGUUUGAGGGUGAGGCGAAGAAGGAGAGCCGGAAGCAGGAGUACCUGAGGAAGAUGGGCCUGAGCCAGGAGGGGAACGACGACAUCAAAGGAGGGCUACGGAGACAGGCCAGCGUCUCGAGCGAAAGAGACGCCAAGGCAGACGACAGGAACAGCAAAGGCCCCGAGAGUUCAAAAGAGGAGCGAAGUCGACUUUCGAACAGAUACAGGAAGCAGGAGGGCAAAGAGGGCAAUGCGAAAGAGGAGGCUCACGAGAAAGAGAAGAGUGAGGACAACAGGCUAAAAGACAGAAGAGAAAACAGAGAGAGCACAGGCAGCAAAACAAAGGAUAUGAUCUCCAAGUUGCAGGAAAAGAAGGAAGAGAGCAGAGAGAGGGAGAGGAGGGAAGACUGCAGGAGGAGAGAUGACAGCAAAACCAAAGACAUUAUCUCAAAGCUGCGAGAGAAAAGUGAAAAGGAUGUGGGGAAGGAAAAAGAGAGAAAAUCAGAGAGCAUCAGGACGUCAGGGCUCGUCUCAAAAAUGGUGGAGAAGCAGAGCAAGACGCAAGAAAACCAGGAGAGUAAAUCAGAGGAGAAGAAGCCAAAAGCAGAGGAGAAGAAAACCGAAGAUAAAAACAAACCUGAUGUCAAACUUGAGCGACAGCCGUCUGAGAAAGGUGAGGCGCAGGUGAAACAUGACAAGGCAGAGAAACGAACAGAUAGAGAGGAGCUGGUCAACCACAGCGACCACGUCAAAGAGAAAGAGAAGGAGAAGAGGAUCAGUGCAGAGAAGAAAGCAGAGGAGAAGGAAAAAGACGACAGUAAAGGAAAAGUUAAAAAGGCUGUGGAAACUGAGAAACUUGGCAACUGUGUGGCCAAAAACACCCCGAACAGCAAGGUGAAGGAGGAAGAGGACGAGGACUCGAGCAUGUUUGACGAGCUGAUGGAGCAGGUUCGAAGCAACGACCCCUCCCUCAGCGAGCUCAACGUCAACAACUCAGAGGUCAUCAAGACCAAAACACUCAUCGAGUUCGCAGAGGCUUUGCACAACAACACCCACGUCAAGACGUUUGCUCUGGCAAACUGCCGCGCAGACGACCACGUGGCCUACGCCAUCGCUGGCACAAUACGCAGCAACAAGACCAUCACCAGCAUCAACCUUGACUCCAACCAUCUCACCGGUAAGGGCAUCCUGUCUCUGAUCCAGGCGCUGCAGCACAACUCCACCCUGACCGAGCUGCGCUUUCAAAACCAGCGCCACAUCUGCGGUGGGAAGACCGAGAUGGAGAUGACCAAGAUCCUGAAGGAGAACACCACCCUGCUCAAACUGGGCUACCACUUCGAGCUGGCCGGGCCCAGAAUGACCACAACCAACAUCCUGAGCCGCAACAUGGACCGGCAGAGGCAGAGGCGCCUGCAGGAGCAGAAGCAGGCCCAGGCCAACGGGGAGAAGAAGGGGACGCUGGAGGUGCCCAAGACCGGAGGUGGAGGAUCCCUGAGAAACUCACCCAAAGCUUCCCCCAAACCUUCUCCCAUACCCUCACCUAUGCCUUCACCGAAGCUCACGCCCAAGAGAGGUGCUGGAGGUCUGGCUCCACCGCCACCUCCACCUCCCGGGGGCGGACCUCCACCUCCUCCGCCUCCUAUGCUGGAUGUAGACGGCCUGAGGAACUCUCUGACUCCAGGCGGUAGUAAGAACUCAAGGGACCAACUGCUCGCCUCGAUCAGAGGGAGCAACAUUAAACAACUGAAGAAGGUGCCAGUGCCAAAGUGGUUGCAGUAACAUUUCCUGUUGGAAUACGGAGCAAAAGAAGAAGAAGAAGAAGAGAGGGAGAACCGACAUCAGGGAGGUUUUCGAGGAGACGAACUCUGCAUUCCCCUCGGCUGCAGCUGCAGAGCUGCGCUGUGGGGACGGGUGGAGAAACACGAGACGCCCACCGGUUGGAUGAAAAGCCCUCACUAUGAGUUCUCCCCUCAAACACUGGACCAAAAGGACUCUGUGGAGAAUGAGUGAUGCAGGGCUCUCUAUUAGCCGACUGCAGAGAGUGCCAUGAGUUUGUGGUUGUUUCUCUUUAGUUCAUAUUGACGCUUUGCUGGUUAUUUGCACUAGAUAAUAUGAAGCCGAUCAUAUAACAUGUUGGCUUGUGUAUGCAUCUGAAUGUGAGCGUGGAGGAAGUGUGUGAUGAGCUCAAUAAGAGAUUCAAUAACUCGUUAUAAAAGUCUAAUAUACAAAACGUUUAUCAGUGAUAUAGUGGACAUUAAUUUGACCAUUUAUUUAUUUGUGGAGAGGGAGGCCACCCCUUAUACUGUUCAAACUAGGAAUUCUGAAAUGGUGGAAAUAUCAGGGAAUUAACAAACAUGGCGGCCUGGCUUAAAAAAAUGUGGGUGAGGAAAAAAAAAAGUCAAGGUGGUCUUUGGUUGUGUGUCUCAUUGCCAAAUCUCAAGACAUCUCAGGCAGGGGUUUGACAGAUUGGAAAGCAGCCCAGAGGAAUCCUGGUGCAUGACGAAAGAGUUUAAGCAUGGAAAUAAUUACAUAAUGCAUUUUUAUCAGGAAGUGCAAAUGGCUGUCCUUCAGUAUCUGAUGUGUUAUUUUGUACAGAAUCAUUCUAGCCUGGGCGUUUGAAUAUCUUACAUAACUUUUAUGUAAUACGUCGACAUGUCUUAACCUUUAGGGGAUUUGGAAAAAACAACAUUACUGGUUUAUAUCAACGCUCCCGUUGAUUCACGUCCUACUUUUACAUGAAUAUCGUUUCUAAAUGAAUUUAAUGUGAUAAAGAAAAAAAUCAGAGUGGCACCUGUGCAGUAUGUGUACUGUGUAACGAAGGGUUCUCUGCCAUAUUUGAUUACACAUGCCUUUUCUUACAGAGCCUGUAUGUCUUCAAUAAAAGAUUCUGGUACGUCUGCAAUGACAA